AUGGACGACACAGCCCAGCGCAGUCUACUUCUAUGGGUGCAGAGUUUUCACGAGAAGCUGGCGACGGACGCGCAGAUCUCGAGCCUCGGAGAUCUUUGUGACGGCGUCUUCUUGUCAAAGAUCAUGCACCACAUUGACUCGGAGUACAUGAACUUGGAGCAGAUCAAUGAACAGGCUGGGGGCAACUGGGCACUCAAGUUGAACAACCUCCAGACAGUGCUACGUGCUGUCGAGCUAUUUUACACUGACGAGCUGGGUCAGGUCUGCCAUGCAGACGAACUAGUGGACCCGCUCGUGAUUGCGAAAGAAACCAAUGUGCACGAGGUGUGCAAGCUCACGGAGCUGUUACUGGGGUGCGCCGUCCAGUGUCCGAACAAGUCGGAGUAUAUCCACCCGAUUAUGCAGAUGGCCGCAUCCGAACAGGCCAGCUUGAUGCAUGCGAUCGAGAAGCUCAUGCACCGUUUUCAGCCCACGUCUCCUGGUGUAGCAUCGAAUCCAGGCCGUCGCGACUCAGUGGGUCACAGGGCAUCUUUUGACGAGAGAACGCCUCCGUCGUCGUCUACAUUGGUCUCUGCGUCGAUUGCAGGAAGCUCUGCUGAAGAAUUGGCUGCACAACUUGCUCAGGCGCUCGAGCGGAGCUCUUCAAUGGAGCUCCGAUAUCUGGACAUGGAACGCGAAAAGCGUGAGUUGACGGAGCGUUUCGAACGUACGUUGACGGAGCAUCGAGAGCUCGUUGGCAAAUACACGGUUCUCGAAAGUGAACGCGACCAGUUGCGCGGCGAACGCCAGAAUACGCUUACUCGUGACAACAAGAAGAUUCAACAAAUUGUGGACAAUGAAGUCCACGCGCUCCAGAUGCAGCUAGAGGAAAAAGAUCUGGAGCUGAAUCGUGUGAAGCGUGAGUUCGGGGAACGCCUGAUGAUGCUGGAGAAUGAAGUGCGUCGUCAAGCUGACGAGCUCGAUAUUUCACGCUCUAAACUCGGCACGCUGAACAAACUUGAAGCUACCAUGAUCAAGUACAAAAAGAAGCUGGAGGAAAUGAAUUCGCUGCGUGGUCAGGUGCGCGAAUUGGAGACUUUUAACGCGCAGUAUUUGGAUAAGGUGGUGGAUCUGGAAAGCACUAUUAAGACCAUGCCUGGACUAAAAAACCUUGUCGAAAAGUACAAGAAUCAGGUUGUGGAACUCGAGACGGCCAACGUCCAAGCCAGUUCUAAUCUGAAUGUCAAGGAACAGAAGAUCAAGAGGUUGCAGGAAGAGCUUGACAGUGCGCUGGGUGGCAAGGAGUUUCUCGAAUCUCAAAUGGAAGAGCUGCGAACACAACUUGCUAGCAUCCAGUACCGGGAAGGCAACGACGAUUCAAUGUCUGCAGGCGAGAGUAGUGCAACGAACGGUGGGGGUCUAAGUGCUGACAUGCUGCUCGGCCGAGACUCUGUCAUUGGCAUGAGGGAGCGAGUGGCUCGACUAGAGCGCGAAAACACCGAGCUGAAGAGUGGCAAUGUUGACGCAGGCCAGGCAGAGUUGGCUAACGAGUUGGACAUGGCAAUGAAAACAAAAGAGUCGCUUCAAGUGUCUCUGUUUCAGAUGCAGAAACAAAAUGACCAGCUGUCGGAAGACCUACGCAACGCUCGGAUCCAAAACGAGCAACUACAGCAAAUGCUGGCGCUGAUUCAACAGGGUCAACCUCAAGCUCAACCCCAACAGCAGCAGCAACAGUGGCAGAGGGCGCCAGAUGGACCGGAGCCAAUGCAGGUCUCGAACGAUAUGGCUGCCGGUGAGAGUCUCGCAGUGACAGGAACUGUUGGCUUUGCGUCGGCUGCCGCUCUCGAAGCUGGCAUUGCAGGGGGAUCAGGUGUACCUCUGCAAGCACCUGUCCCCGUCGCUGGCUCAGUCGUGGUGACCAGUAGCAACAAUGCACUUUCAUCAGCCCAAAUUGCCGAAUACCAGGAUAAGCUGGGGAAAUUGGAAAUCGAGGCAGAAGCGGUUGAUUCGCUCCGUGCAACUGUGACUGAGUUGACGAAACGUCUGAAAGAGAAGGAAUCUACGAUCAACGAGCUUUCCGAGCAGCGCGCCAAGCUGGAAAACUACACCAAGAAAACACUUCAUGCUGUCCAGACAAAGUAUAUGGUAGCAGUAAGCUCACACCGCAACCAGGUUAACGAGAAGCAGGAACGUGUGGAUUUCCUGGAAAAAAAGAUGAAGGAAGUCCGUGCGUCGUACUCGCGCGAGCAAGCACUCAUGAUGUCGUCGUUCUACGAGAUUGGAACUGAGAUGCAGCGACGUACGAUGAUGCCCCAGGGCCCGGCUCCUGGUGCUCCAGGUCCCGGGUCGUGGCUUGCUAACAAGAGGACAGAAGAACGUGCAAAAAGGCGACAAGGAGCAUGA